AUUAUCAGCUGGAAGGGAGCGCUGUCACUGAGCACACAGACCAACACCAUGAUGAUAUCUGUGAGAACACAGGAACAUCAAAGGACAACAGUCUCUCCCAGUUCCCAUCAGAGUGUGCCCUAUCUACAGGGCCUGUCUCUGCACCUUCUAUGACAGCCCUAUAAAUGCAGGCUGACUCCUCAGUCACCACACUCUGGCUCUUGCUCACCCUUCCUUCAGGUGACUCUCAGCCAUGAAGACACUCGUUCUCCUCUCUCUCCUUGCCCUGCUGGCCUUCCAGGCCCAGGCUGAUCCUCUCCCAGAAGCAGCUGAGGAGACUAACACUGAUGAACAGCCAGGGGCCGAGUACCAGGGUAUGACCAUCUCCUUUGGGGGCCCAGAAGGCUCUGCUCUUCAAGAUGGAGCCAGAAGAGGCGUCUUGACAUGCUCUUGUAGAAAUCACUGCGAACUUUCUGAACAUGUCUAUGGAAGCUGCAACAGAAGGAACCUAUUCUGUUGUCGCUGAGACCAGAGACAUGAUCACCAUAUGUUCUGAGACCCCAUGAUCUGUCAUUGCCCUUGUACUUAGCCUAAAUUGUUUUUCCUUCUCCAAUAAAUUUCCUUGGAGAAAAAGAAUUUGUUUUAUGUUUCUUUGAUGCUUUCUAUGUGGUUAAGUCAGGA